AUGUCAUCUCGUUCUGGUGAAGAUGUUGAAGAGGCAAUGCAACGGCUCGUACGAGCAAUGAAAGGCCACGCCGAUGUGGCUUCGGUUUCCUUGGCGCGUCGCGUUGUCUCCAGCCAGAUUGGACUCUCUCAAGAUCGCAAGGCUACGAAUGUCACCAAUGCUUGGCGUAGGGUUUCUCGCAAGGCGCCGUACCAAAGACACAAGGCUGAAUUGGAGCGAGUCUACAACGAUCUCAAUAUACGCUGUGCUAGGUCUGGAGACGAAGAUUUGCCUCCAAAAGUGAUCACAGUCAUGACAAAAUUGAUGGGUAAACAUAUCAAAUGUGCUACUCCAGAGCAGCUGACGUCGUCAUCUGUAGCAACGUCACCAGUCGUGAAUUCUGAGCCGCUUUCCCAGCCGCCACAGUCAUCGUAUCAACAGCCAAUUCAAGUCUCGACACCAUUGUCAACAGUUUCGCAACCGCGACAGCCGUAUCAAAAUUUGCAGUAUCAGAGUGCUGCCCGAACCGAACCACUUCAGCAACGCGAACAACACCAGCAGCAAGAACAAGUAUAUCAACAUGAAAGGCGUCUGUCGUCGACCUCCACUGCUUUGUCGUCGGUUUCGUUCUUUCCCAACACUGCUCAAUCGCAAGGACCGUUGGUAAGGUCAGAAGCGAGAGAGCAGCAAAUUCAACAAAAUCGCCAAGGGUUAGAACACGAAGAAGCGGCCUUAUUGCGCGAGUGCUUGUAUUCUCUACAAGGUAUUGAUGGCGAGAGGAUAAAAUAUCAUUUCAAUAGUUCCAAUGUCUUGUCCAAUUGCGUGGACGAUUAUGAGGGAAUUCGAGUGCAAUCACCCGCCCUAAAUAAUCCACUAUUAUAUACUGGGCAGUCACUGGAGACACGCUUGGGUAGUGGAGCAGCUGAUGCGCUUCGAAUCAGUGGUGAAGCCGGCUGGCUCUAUCAUCGCACACAAUCCUAUAUUCAUCAAGUUCAACAAGAUGACAGCAAAGGCAUCCUAGCACGAGCAUUCGCUGGGACCCUUUCCGAAGAAUUGCAAGAGUACCAUUCCUUUUUGGCAAGCUUGGAGGCCAAACUGAACGAUGUCAGUUUGAGGCAGCUCAUGGUGGAUCUACGAAAGCCAACACAUAGACUGAAGAUUCUUGCAAUGCUUACUGAUGGAUUAGGAGACCUUUCUGGGGGCAACUUGCUGAGCGCCAUUUACAAACACACACUACAUGGUGACACCCGACACGCAAGUUUGGUCAAGGGAAUCUUGGGACAUGUGUCCAAGCCUUGGUUCGACGUGCUGUUCCGGUGGAGUACUCAAGGUGUGUUAUCUGAUCCUCAUGGAGAAUUCUUUGUCCAAGAAAUCCCCAAUGUCAAAGACAAGUUUUUGUGGACGCAAAGAUACGAGAUCAAUAGAGAUCUAGUUCCAACAGGUAUCCUUGACAAGCACCUUGUAGAGCCAGCAUUCAAUGUUGGAAAAGGAAUCAACUUUAUUCGGAGAUGUCUAUUGGAUGGCACAUGGACGAUGAAAUUGCCAUCGAUGGAUUCCGCGGACCUGGGAUACAGUUGCAAGCCGUCGUCUAGAAAAGGGAACAACUCCAACGCUGAAUUGCAGAAGACACUGAAGCGGGCAGGAGAAUUAGUUCACUCGCACAUUCUUCUAACUCUAAAGAAGGAGAACCACAUGAUGGAACAUUUGCUUGCCCUCAAGCAAUUUUUGUUUCUUGGACAAGGAGACUUCUUUUCCGCACUAAUAGAUGGCUUGUUUACUGAGUUCCAUGGCCAUCAAGGGAUUGCGGGCAUUUACAAGCAUUCCUUGUUGUCGAUUGUGGAAGGAGCGUUACGAUCGACAAAUGCCAAAUACCAGCCUCAAUUCUGCCUGGAUCGAUUACAGGUGGAACUCUUGUUGGGCAAAGAUGAGGAUGCGAACUUUAUGUUUGGUCCUGGUCGCUCUCCAAGUCAACAAGGAGACAAGAGAACUGUGUGGGAUAUUUUUAUGUUGGAUUACAAGGUUCCAGAUCCAUUGAUCGCGAUUGUAGACCCUGCUGCAUUGAAGAAAUACAAGAAAGUUUUCCGGUUUCUAUUCAAUCUUAAGAAGGUCGAGUACAUGCUCAAUUACACCUGGCGACAGAACGCUACGCUGCAGCAUGCAUUGCAAACUACAGCUCAGUACAAUGGAAUCGACAAGUCAGCCGAUGCGAGAUACUUGCAAUCCACUUACUUGUUGCGGAAAAUAUCCAUUCUGAGACAGUCCAUGAUGCACUUGAUAUGCAAUCUAAAGAGCUACUUGAUGUUUGAAGUUCUCGAGGGUGGAUGGCAAAAGUUGGUAAGCGAUAUUGACAAGGCCAAGACUCUGGACGAGGUAAUUGAAGCGCACAAAUCAUAUUUGAAUGGAAUUGUGAGAAAGAGUCUCCUGAAAGCCGACUCCAAUGAGCUCACCAGUAAACAGUACCUGGGGGAACAAGUGGAAACGUUGCUAUCCAUGGCAGAUGAGUUCUGUAGCAUGCAAGAAGCGCUAUUCCGAGAGUCGUUACAAUUGGCAGCUGUGGCAACUGAAAAGCGUUUGCGAGCAGAGACACGUCUGCAGCACGGUCAUUGGGGAUUCAACUCACAACAAGAGUCUGCAGAGGAUGAUAACUUCUUCGGACUUGCAAACACACCAAUGAUAAAAGAGGUAGAUCGAAUAUCUGAUGAAUAUGAACAAAACGCUGUUGAGCUUCUGAAAGUUUUGGGGGAAAUUGUGAAUGGCAAUCUGGACGACUACGUAGACGAGAACAAGAACAAGUCAAAUGUGGCCGAUAUCACAAGAAUGGGGGCAAGUGCAACAGACGAAUUCGACAGUGAUCUUGAUCCCCAACGCUUUCUGGUUGCUCAACUGGAUCACAACGAGUAUUAUGCAAAGCAAGCAGUCUAG